AUGUUGUCUGAGGAAGAAGGUCUCAUAUCUAACUAUCUAUAUGGGUGCGCUGUAAAGGUUCUGUCAGAAUAUCCCGAGACAAAGAUGACGGACAAACAACAAAAGGAAGCUCUAGGAGAAACAUACCUAGAGCUGGUUAGUCGAUUGGAUGAAGCUCUUCUUAGUUUCGACGAAGGUCCUCCAUUUACACUGCAGAGACUCUGUGAGAUCCUUUUGGCUGCAAGGAGUAUCUACCCAAAGCUCUCAAAAUUUUGUUUCUACCUUGCUCUUGCAUUAGAAAAGAAUCUGUUGGUUACUUCUAUGCUAUCCAUCAGUACGGAACCGCAAUCACAACCCACUGAGGAAGCAAACGCAGCAACGGAAGGCACAAAAACGGCACAGCCAAAUGGAAUUGAAGCAGUGGUGGGAGGUGACAAGGAUGAGAUAAUGACAGAGGUAGAAGAAGAAGAAGCAGAUGUUGAUGACGCAAUGACUAUUGACAUGGAAACAAUCGAUGAACCAUCAGAAACAAUGACGACGACAGCGAGUGAGAAGCCAAGCGAAAUCAGUUAAGUACCUGAUUUUGUCUACUCAUUUAAAUAAUUAAAUCUUGGACAUGUUUUGUUUAUCAUAUUGAUUUGUCAUGCUGCUGCAGAACCAUCAUCGGAUUCAAUGGCUGCAGAGGAGGGAGAUUCACGGUUGCCUUGAACCGUAUGCCUCAGAGAGACAGCGUUUGAACGAAACUAUUUCAAAGGAUUGUCCGUUGUCGGAUGCUGUUAACAUUUUUAAUUGAAAAGGGCAUUGGACAAACAAGAAAGAACAACUUCUUUCUAUUAAUGGUAGCAACAAUAGAAUUAAACAAUGUCUUGUACCUAAAACACGUAUCACUCGAGUAAAAUAAUCCAACCAUCUUUAAAAUCUACAUUAAAACCAAUAUUAAUUAACCAAACAAGCCACUGAUUUACCCGCAUAAAUUAUCUGUUUUCUUGCUUUUCCAAUUCUCAAAAUCAAAUUAGAAAGGCUCCAAAAACAUGGCGGCACAGAAAAGUCUCUCCUCAACUCUCCACUCAUUCCAAAACGGUAAAACUUUCUUCUUGUUGCAGCCUUACUUUAGGAGUCGACCAUCUCGUCUUGAAUCUCAU